GGGGGAGAAUCAGAUCUGAUUUUUCGGCGACAUCGAUGGCCAUGGACGGGAUGACGGAUGACUACCUGACUGCCCGCCUGGGCAAGAUGUACAUGGUGCCGUCCAACGAGGUGAUCACUAGCUCAGAGGCGGCGGAGAAACACUUGCGCGCCUUUGAGCAGGGCUGUGAGGAGUGGAUGUCCUACCAUGCGCAGCCCAUCGCAGAAGAAGAGCUGGAGGGCUACGAGAGCUUUGUGCUGGCGCUGCUCACCGGUCCUGACUUCAAGAAUGAGAAGGAGUAUGAGACACGAAUUCAGGCAGUUCGCCGGGAGUUCAAAACCACUCUGUCAAAGCCACAGAUUGUGCGCGCCUACUACCGCUUGCGGGAGAGCGGACGCAUCCCCCGGAACGCCUCCUUCGAGAAGAUCACCACUAAGAAAUCCGUGCGAUCCAACAGCGGCGUGGUGGUGAUUACCGUUGUCACCGCACCUGGCCGGUUUUCCUGUCCCAACGACUGCUUCUACUGUCCUGACGAGCCAGGUCAGCCUCGGUCGUACCUGAGCACUGAGCCUGCGGUCGCCAGGGCCAAUCAGAACGAGUUCGACCCCGUGCGACAGUUCUACGACCGUGCCGGGACACUGGCGAAGCAAGGCCACACGGUAGACAAGGUGGAGAUCAUCGUCCUGGGGGGGACCUGGUCUCACUACCCGCGAGACUACCAGGAGGAGUGGUGCCGGGACCUCUUCUAUGCCGCCAACACCUUCGACGAGCAGCUCAGCAAGCUGGGCGAGAAGGGCGAGAAGGCGGCCCGUGUGCGGCCCCGGCGCUCGCUGCUCGAAGAGCAGAAGCUGAACGAGGUGGCUGUCACAAAGAUCAUCGGCCUCACGCUGGAGACGCGGCCAGACCACAUCACUCCUGCAGAGGUCCGGAGGCUGCGCAGAUACGGCUGCACACGCGUGCAGAUUGGUGUGCAGCACACCAAUGACGACAUCCUGAUACACAUCAACCGCGGCCACGAUCGGGCUGCGGCAGUGCGGGCAACGCGUUUGCUCAAGAUUUGCGGCUUCAAAGUGGACUUGCACUUGAUGCCAGAUUUGCCGGGGUCCGACCCGGAGAAGGAUUGGGUCAUGUUUGAGGAUGUUCUUUUUGGCGAGGACCUACAGGCCGACCACUGGAAGAUCUACCCCUGCGAAGUAACACCCUUCACGCGGAUCGAGACCUGGUACAAAGAAGGCAAAUUUAUGCCGUAUACCGAGAAGGAUCCACGGCUGCUGACCGAGCUGCUGGCAAGGGUCAAGGCGCAAGUGCACCCCUGGAUCCGCUUGAAUCGCGUCAUUCGCGACAUUCCAGAGGUGUCCAUUGUGGCGGGGAACUCCCUCACGAAUUUGCGGCAGGCCAUCUUUGAAGUCCUGAAAUCCCGUGGUCAGUGCUGCCGCUGCAUCCGUUGCCGUGAGGUAAGGGAUUGGCCGGAGACGGCGGACGGGCUCAGGCUCCGUGUGCGUGAGUACCGAUCUUCCGGGGGCCGGGAGUUCUUCAUCUCCAUCGAGGGGGGGCACCGGGGCUUCGGCGGCGGCGCCACGCAGCGGGCCCUCGCCGGGGGGCAGAAGGCCACCAAGAAGGAGAAGAACCAGCGCAAGGCACCCUACCGAGACGCCAACGCGCAGAAAGAGAUGAAGGCGGCGGCGCUGGCGGCCGGGGGGUCUCGGGAGGAGCGGAAGAAGGCGGCGGAGGCUGCGGUGCAGAAACUGAGGGAGGCGGAGGCGGAGAAGAAGGUCGAGGAGGAGCAACCUGCAGCGGACGAUGACAAUGCCACUCUCUAUGGCCUUCUCCGGCUGCGCUUCAACGACGACGACAAGGCUCCAGGCCCCAUCUUCCCGGAACUCUCUGGCUGCGCGCUGAUUCGUGAACUCCACGUCUAUGGCACGUUGGUGGCUGCUGGCAGAGCUGAGGGUGACCGCGCGGAGGACGACGAACGGCCUCAGCAUAUCGGCAUCGGAAAGACCCUCAUGGGCACGGCCGAGCUCAUCGCUGCAGCGCACGGGUACCGGAGAAUCUCCGUGAUCGCGGGCGUAGGUGUGCGGAACUAUUACCGUCGCCUGGGCUACGUUCUGCGCGGGGAUGGCCAAUAUCUCAUCAAGGAGCUGAAGCCCUGCCAAGAAUCACACAGUGCGUCUUCUUUCGAGGCAUCGUUCGUGGAGGCUGCCUUAAGGGUUCAGCAGCGAGCAAGCCGCUGGCGGCCAGGCCGCACAGCCACUGUUCUGGGCCUGCUGACGCUGGUGGGGGCAGCUCUCUUCAUCCAAAGGUCCCUCAAGAAGUCUGGCACCUGAGAUUGGGUAGCGCCAGUGUGUUGCGAGUGUUCAGCAAAGAAUACAUCGGCAUGCCCAAAGUGCUCAAUAUCACUCAGUGCACCUGUGUUUGUUUCUGCCUUG